CAGCUGACGAGACGUACUUUGAGCUUCGGCUUCAUGCUUUCCGCCACAUAUUCAUCCCCGCUGCUAUCAUCCGUUGACUCCUCCGCUUCUGGUUCUUUCUUUGGCGUGGGCUCAGGAGAAGGCUGUUUCUUCACAGGGGUAGGUGUUGUCGUAGGAGCGGCAUUACGAGUUUCGAGAGCAUCUGGCCCUUCCCAAUCCACUGAAAAUCGUCAUGCGUCAGUAUCAAGUUCCCAACGUCGAGGUUUCAAAUAAA